AUGUACAUGUACAUAAUGGCUCACCACGAGAAGAAAUCAAAGAAGAGCAGGGAACGUUCAAGGAGUAGAGAUCACGAUCGAAAGAAAGAUCCGAAGAGAAGUAAGAAAAGACAUCGCAGUUCAUCUUCUGAGGAGAGUUCGAGCAGCGCCUCAGAUCAUGACGACCGGUUCCAGUCUGCUCUCAACAAGCAAAGAGAAGAGAAGAAACGUCUACGGAAACUGGAGAAGGAACGUUUGAAAGAAAAGGAAACACCGGAGGAAAAAAGGGCUCGACGCUUGGCCAAAAAACUCAAGAAGCAAGAAAAGAAGAAAAAGGAAGACAGCUCCUAUCUACCUCCUCAACUUGCCUAUACUAAUCUGAAUAAUCCAUUCAACGACGUGAACCUGACUGAAACCUUUGUUUGGGGGAAAAAAUUGGAGCAAGAAGGGAAGUCAAGCUAUUCUCGGAAGAAAAUAGAGAAGGAAACACGUGCUCGCGUUGAGAAGAAUCUACGCGAGAUGGAGGAAUUAAAACGUACUCGUGAUGCACGUCUUGCAGCUCGUGAAGAUUUUGAAAUGAUGCAGCGAGAUGCGGACCGAAAAGCGCAUGCUGAAUGGACGGGCAAGGAGGCAGAAUUUCAGUUGAAACAGGCUAAGGUGCGCUCUAAGAUUCGCAUUGAACAGAAUCGUGCCAAACCGAUAGAUUUGUUAUCGAGAUACAUCCAAUUCGGAGACGAACAUGUCGACGGAAAAGAUGACCAAGAGACCGACGACUUUGAGCUAGAGGACCCUCUCAAGUAUUUGAAGGGACUUACUCAAGAUGACUACGAAGACCUAGUAGAAGACAUUAAGGUGUACCGCACACUGGACGGCGAUCGCCACUCCGAUUUCUGGAGGGAUGUUCGUUGCGUGGUCGACGAUGAACUAAGGAAACUGAGAGAUGAUAGAGGUAGACUUGGCACUUCAAUCCACGGCUCGGUUCAGCAAGAUGUUGACAAGAUAUUCAAGGUAAAUAAGGAUUUUGUUUAG